GUCGGCUGGAGCACACGCUGGAGCCUGGAACACACACAUCACAACACACACUGGAGCAAAGGACCAUCUGACUCUUCAACAGAGAGAGUGCAAGUACCUCUGGAAAGACCUGUGUGGACGUGCCCUCUCUUGCUUUCCGCGCUGCCUGUGUGUGUGUGUGUGUGUAAGCGUGUGUAGCGUGUGUAAGCGUGUGUAAGCGUGUGUAAACAUGCAGGGUGCGUGUUUGUUGCUCUCUCUGUGCGUGUGUGUGUGGCUCGUGCCUGACGCAGUGUCUCAGAACCCCGCAGAAAACGACACAUACACGGAAUGCACAGAUGGAUAUCAGUGGGACACAGAAUCUCAACACUGCAAAGACGUGGAUGAGUGUGAGACUAUCGCGGAGGCGUGUAAGGGGGAGAUGAAGUGUUUUAAUCACUACGGGGGCUAUCUGUGCCUCCCCCGCUCUGCGUCCGUGCUGACCGCCCCAGAGCCGGCCGGCCAAUCGGAGCCCAGCCUGCCUGCGGAGGGAAGCGAGGCCUUCAGCCCCUGUCCGCUGGGGUAUGAGGCCCAGGGCGAGAGCUGCCUGGAUGUGGACGAGUGUGAGCUGGAGCUCCAUGACUGCCAGCCCAGCCAGCAGUGUGUGAACACCCCGGGGGCCUUCACCUGCCAGUGCCCUGACGGCUACAGCAAGAUCGGCCUGGAGUGUGUGGACAUUGAUGAGUGCAGGUACAGGUAUUGUCAGCAUCGCUGUGUAAAUGUCCCCGGCUCCUUUUCCUGUCAGUGUGAACCUGGCUUCCAGCUGGCCGGAAACAACCGCUCCUGCAUCGAUGUGAAUGAGUGUGACAUGGGCGCCCCCUGUCAGCAGAGGUGUUAUAACACCUACGGGACCUUCCUGUGCCGCUGUGAGCAGGGCUACGAGCUGGGCCCUGACGGAUUCAGCUGCAACGAUAUCGAUGAGUGUGGGUACUCCAGUUAUUUGUGCCAGUUCCAGUGUGUAAAUGAGCCCGGGAAGUUCUCCUGUAUCUGUCCUGAGGGCUACCAGUUACUGGGGUCACGACUCUGCCAGGAUGUGAAUGAGUGUGAAACAGGGGAGCAUGAGUGCUCUGGGGGACAGACCUGCGUCAACAUUCACGGCGGAUACCAGUGUGUCGACACCAACCGCUGCACAGACCCAUACGUACAGGUGUCAGACAAUCGGUGUGUGUGUCCCGUGGUGAAGCCGGCCUGUCGGGAGCUGCCCUUCUCCAUCGUGCACCGCUACAUGAGCAUCAGCUCGGACCGCUCUGUCCCCUCCGACGUGUUCCAGAUCCGCACCAGCGUGUACCCUGGGGCCUACAACACCUUCCGCAUCCGCAGCGGGGACCAGAGCGGAGACUUCUACAUCCGGCAAAUCAACAACAUCAGUGCCAUGCUGGUCCUGGCUCGGCCUGUCACCGGGCCCCGGGAGUAUGUCCUGGACCUGGAGAUGGUGUCAAUCAACCCCCUCAUGAGCUACCAGACCAGCUCCGCCCUCCGGCUGUCUGUGCACGUGGGGCCCUACCCCUUCUAACGGAG